GGUGCUUAUAUUUCCGGUCGCAGUGCGCGCGGGGCUCUGGGUCGGGGAGGUGACCGAGGAGACCCAGUAGCACCUCCACUGGAGGUCUGGCAGCCGGUGGGGACCACCAGCUCGGAUGAGGACAUUGUGAAGUCUACAUUAGAGCACAGAGGAGGACGGGGCUCAGGCACUGUCCUAGCUCACCUUCAGUCUGCCGAUGGAGCGGCUACACUGGGUACGACAUCGUUGUCGACAGAUGCUGGUAGAAAGCUCUGGGAGAGGCUGGUACUCUGCCCCUGAUGGCAUGUCCAGCAAAACCUCCAUGGACCCCCACAGCUCUCCACGGAGGGACAGUGGAAAGCAGAGGACUGUGUUUGCUCGCCAUGGCCCCCGCCAGCAGGAAUUGGAAUCCGUCUUCAACAGCUACAAGGGCAAUGCCAUCUGCACCACCAAGUACACCUGGUUAACUUUCAUCCCCAUGAACCUGUUUGAACAGUUCCACAGGGCUGCCAACCUCUACUUCCUGUUCUUGGUGUUACUGAACUGGGUCCCAGUCGUUGAAGCCUUUCAAAAGGAAAUUACCAUGAUUCCUCUGGUGGUGGUCCUCACUGUUAUUGCCAUCAAAGAUGCCCUGGAAGACUACAGACGGUACUUGUUUGAUAGGAAGGUCAACAACAACAUGGUGCAAGCGUUCUGUGGCCAGCAGAAGGACUACAUUUAUCAGUGCUGGAAGGAUGUUCGAGUUGGAGACUUUGUCCGUCUGUCCUGCAAUGAAAACAUCCCAGCUGACAUGCUGUUGCUGUAUUCCUCUGACCCACGUGGGGUUUGUUACAUCGACACCGCCAACCUGGACGGAGAAACCAACCUGAAACAGAGACAGGUGGUUUCAGACCUCCCAUUGGAGGGAGUAGAGUUUACCGCUGAAAGCUUCCACUGUCUGGUUGAGUGUGAGAACCCCAACAACGACCUCAGUAGGUUUAAAGGUUACAUGGAGCAUCCCAGUGGGGUUCGAGUUGGCCUCCAUCACACCAACCUCCUGUUGAGGAGCUGCACCAUCCGCAACACGGAGACUGUGGUGGGCCUUGUGGUCUACGCCGGUCAUGACACUAAAGCCAUGAUGAACAACAGUGGGCCGAGGUAUAAGCGCAGCCAGCUGGAGAAGCAUCUGAACACGGACGUUCUGUGGUGUGUGCUCCUGCUCGUCAUCAUGUGUCUGUCUGCGGCCAUAGGCCAUGGCUUCUGGCUGAAAAACCUCAAAGAGGCGGUCUUUCAGGUUAAUAAGGAGAUGUCUCCUGCCCUGGCUGGAUUCUAUGUCUUCUGGACAAUGAUCAUUGUGCUGCAGGUGCUGAUCCCCAUUUCUCUGUACGUGUCCAUUGAGAUUGUGAAACUGGGCCAGAUCUACUUCAUCCACAACGACUUAGCCUUGUACAACGAGCAGCUGGACUCCAGGAUUCAGUGUCGGGCCCUCAACAUCACUGAGGACCUGGGUCAGAUUCAGUACCUUUUCUCUGAUAAGACGGGAACUCUGACAGAGAACAAGAUGGUGUUUCGCCGCUGCAGUAUUUAUGGGGUUGAAUACCCUCAUGAGGAAAAUGCUCGGAGGCUGGAGGUCUACGAGGCAGAGAAGAUGAAGGCGGCUGGUCGCUCUGUCACUCUGAAGUCGGCCUGCAGCGGUAGAUCUCUGAGCUGCAAACACAGCUCUGUGUCUCUGCACACGCUCACUGCUGAGCAGGAGGAAGACGAGGAGGACCUGGUGUCCAGUCACAGCCGGCCCCGGACCAGUGCCUUCUGCAGCCGCGUGACGAAGGAGGUGGUACCAGAUCCGGAGCUGGUGAGGAAGUUGAAUUGGUUCUGCUCUUCUAUGCUGGCUGACAGCUCCUGUGGGACUGCGGCCAGCCUCGAACUCACUUACAUCCUUGACUUCUUCCUCGCUCUGGUCGUCUGUAACAGCGUGGUGGUUUCCUCGCCCAGCCAGCCUGGACACGUGGUGCCUGACACGCAAACACCUCUCAAGUCCCUGGAGGAAAUCAAGCUGAUGUUUCAGCGCCUCACCUUCUCUCCUUUCUCUGCACUCUCCAGCCUGUCUCCUCCCCAGAUCAAGGGCCGACCUCACAGCUUCGCCAGCAGGCUCUUUGGCCGGGGUAAAACCGGCUCCUUCAGCUUCUCCACACCUGCUAACAGCACCCCAGAUGGGUCAGAACCAGACCAAGAAAGUUACCAGGAGACCACCAACUCCAGACUGAAAGUGGACUUGUCCACCAGAGAGGAAGGAGGAGAUGCUUCCAAGACAGAGGACAGCGAGACAGAAGAUCAUUUCAAAGGGGCAAGGACAAACCUUGAUGGGGCUGGGGAGGUCGCUGAGGACCUGACCAGAGAAGUGGAUUGUGAGCGAGACCCUGAUGACGAACUGCUGUACGAGGCAGAGAGUCCCGAUGAGGCGGCCCUGGUCCAUGCAGCACAUGCAUACCGCUGCACCCUGAGGGGACGGUCUGCAGAGGGCCUGCUGGUGGAGCUACCAGGAAUGGGACCGUUGGCUGUCCAGCUGCUCCACAUCCUUCCCUUUGACUCCAACAGGAAAAAGAUGUCAGUGGUGGUCCGCCACCCGCUCACAGGGCAGGUGGUGGUUUACACCAAGGGAGCUGACUCUGUAAUCAUGGACCAGACACCUAAAGGUUCAGAGCCGGCUCAAGAGCUCUACAAUCACAUCCGAGAACAGACCCAAAAUCAUUUGGACAGCUAUGCUAGGGAAGGCCUCCGCACCCUCUGCAUCGCUAAAAAGGUCCUGGAGGAGGAGGAGUAUGAGGCUUGGUUGAAAGGACAGCAACUGGCAGAGAGCAGCAUCGAGGACCGAGAAGAGCUGUUGCUGGAGGCCGCUCAGAGACUGGAGACCAACCUCACUCUGCUCGGCACCACGGGGAUCGUGGACCGACUGCAGGAGGAGGUCCCAGAGACCAUUGAGGCGCUGCAGAGGGCCGGGAUCAAAGUCUGGAUCCUCACUGGAGAUAAAAAAGAGACGGCCAUUAACGUCGCCUACGCCUGCAAACUCUUUGGUCCCAACGACCAACUGCUGACAGCCGACUGUGGGAGCAAGGAUGCAUAUGCAGCUCUACUGGACGAGCUCAAAGUUGCAGAGCAGUGUGGUGAGGACAGUUUGAGUCCUGCUGGAGAAUCCUCCCCAGGCUUCAUCCUGGUUCUUGAUGGCCUGACCCUGGAAUGGGCCCUGCAGGAGGAGCAGAGGAGCGACUUCCUGGAGCUCAGCCGGAGAUGCAAGGCAGUGAUCUGCUGCCGGUCCACCCCACUGCAGAAGAGCAAGGUGGUCCAGUUGAUCCAGGACCAGCUCGGGGUUAUGACCCUGGCUGUAGGUGAUGGAGCCAAUGAUGUGAGCAUGAUUCAGAUGGCUGCUGUGGGCGUUGGGAUAUCGGGUCAGGGGGGCAUGCAGGCUGUGAUGUCCAGUGACUUUGCUAUCUCCAGGUUUAAACACCUGAGGAAGCUGCUGCUUGUGCACGGCCACUGGUGUUACUCUCGUCUCGCCAACAUGAUCCUCUACUUCAUCUACAAGAAUGUGAUGUAUGUGAAUCUGCUGUUCUGGUAUCAGUUCUUCUGUGGUUUCUCUGGGAGCGUCAUGACCAAUGCCUGGGUGCUCAUCCUCUUCAAUCUGAUCUUCACCUCCAUUCCUCCCCUCGUGUAUGGCGUCCUGGACAGAGACACGCCUGCUCACUCUCUGAUGGAGCUGCCUGAACUCUAUCGCCAGGUGCAAACCUCCAAGGUCUAUGUUUCCUACAUGUUCUGGAUCACAGUCCUGGACGCGUUUUACCAAAGCCUCAUCUGCUUCUUUGUGCCUUACUUUGCUCUAGCAGGUUCCAGCGUCAGUGUUCUGUCUUUCGGCUCUCCCAUCAACGCCUCAGCUCUCCUCAUCAUCCUGCUGCACCAAGUCAUCGAGAGUCACACUCUGACGUGGAUUCAUGUGCUGGUGUUGGUGCUCAGUGGCGGUCUCUACUUUGGCUUUGUGCUGCUCUUCAGUUUGUUCUGUGUGACCUGCAGCCCCCCCACCAACCCUGUGGGGGUGGAGACCCUCGAGAUGAACCAGCCUCUUUUCUACAUCAUAUGUGUUGUCACUACUGUGAUGGCUCUGUUACCCAGGCUGUUUCUACGAGCGCUGUACAACACCGUGCACCCCGCUGCUGUUCUGGAAUCAGCUGGGAUGGAUGAAGUGGACUCGGAGACGUAUCGCAGCAACAUGCAGCGCUGGAACCUGAUCCAUCCCAGAGCCAACAAGCUGCUACUGUGUGCCGACAACCCCGGCGUCGAGCCCAGCGCCGCCUCGGUGGUCUCCUGACAAACACAACACACACACACACACACACACACACACACACACACACCCCGUAAGAAGAAUAACCUAAAAGUGGACAUGCAGACAAGUUUUUCAUCGCUCCACUCCCCAGCUACGUAUCUGCUGUGCUGAGAGAUGUCAACAGCCAAAGAAGUGAUAAGGAACUAAUAAUUAAGCUGUUGGAUGUUCUCCUCAGGGACGGAAUUUGAAAGUUGAACAUUUGUUCGAUAUCUCAUCAAGGAUUUGCAGGAGCAGAAUCCGCAAACUUCAUUGAGACCAUUUUUUACAUCAUGAAAUCAUGACUUUAUUAAUCUUCAGACACUCACAACUCUCACAACGAGCAUCUUACUGCAGUGGUGAUUGUGCCAAUAAUUAGUUGCACAUCCAACAACGAACAAAGUGAAGAACAUGACAUGCUACAGCGUGGAGCUAACUCUGACGUUGGGCUGCAUCUCGGGUAAAGUCAGAUCAAAUCAAAGAAAACGUCCCCAGUAGCCUCCGGUUUCUGGUGAAAACAAAAAAUGAGGGGAUGUAUGCCUGGAAUGGAAGACAACCAAAUGGACAAACUCAUUCUAUAUUCCACAGGUAGAAAAUGACGAAGACUGGUUGUAAAUUAUUCUUAACACAUGAUCCGUGACCAUAAUUCUGUUGAUACUAGACAACUGACUGCCAUGUUUGUUGGGGAUUUUGCAGUAAUGACUCCUUUUGAAAUAAAUACUUUAACCAUC